AUGGAGUAUCUGACAAGACUAUUGAAGAACUUGCAGCACACACCAGACUUCAACUUCCAUCCGAAAUGUGAGAAACUCAAUAUCCUGCAGCUCAGUUUUGCAGAUGAUCUUCUACUAUUUUGUAGAGGAGAUCUCAAGUCAGCACAGAUGUUAAAUGAGUGUUUUCAACAGUUUUCCUCAGCAUCAGGAUUAGUUGCAAACCAAGGGAAAAGUUGCAUCUAUUUUGGAGGUGUGCCAGAACAUGUGCAGCAGCAAAUAUUGGCAAGCUUGGGAUUCUCCCUGGGUGAAUUACCCUUCAGGUACUUAGGAGUACCACUGAGUGCUAAAAGACUGUCAGUUAACCAAUGUCAACCUUUACUGGACAGAAUUCUAGCUAAAGUGCAAAGCUGGACAACAAGAUUUCUAUCCUAUGCAGGUAGACUACAAAUGAUUAAAAGUGUGUUACUAUCUAUACAAUCAUUUUGGACGCAAGUGUUUCCUUUGCCAAAGAAGAUCCUAAUGAAGAUUGAAAGCAUUUGCAAAAAGUUCUUAUGGACAUGGGAGGUAGAGGGGAGCAAGAAGGCUUUGGUUGCAUGGACACAACUUUAUUGGCCAAAAACAGCAGGAGGCUUGAACAUUACAGACAUAGUCACUUGGAACAAAGCAGCAAUCCUGAAGCAGAUGUGGAACCUAUGCAAUAAGAAGGACAGAUUAUGGAUCAAGUGGAUGCAUAUCUAUUAUAUAAAGAAGGAGAAAACAUGGAAUGUGAAGGCCAAUCAAGCAGCAUGGACAACUCAAAAGAUUCUAAAAGCUGGGAAGUAUCUGAUAGAAGCAAGAAUCAAUGUUGAAGAAGUAAUGUCUGGGAAGGACUACUCAAUAAGAGAUGUAUAUAACAAGAUGAGGGGUGAAUUCAUAAAGGUUAAUUGGAGGAGAUUAAUUUGUAACAAUUGUAGUAGUCCAAGAUGGAUGUUCAUUAUGUACAUAGCUGUCCAAAACAGGUUAUACACAAAGGACAGAUUAAUGAAAUGGGGGAGUAUCACAAGUGCAGAAUGUGUCUUAUGUGAAGCAGCUGAUGAAAGCCACGACCACCUGUUCUUUACAUGCAAGUAUUCAAGCAGUGUGUGGGAGAAGGUACUGAACUGGGCAGGAAUAGGAAGAAGAGCCAGGAUAUGGUCGGAAGAAAUAAAAUGGGCCAGUACAUAUGCAACAGGGAGGAAAGCAGAUGCAACCAUCUACAGAAUGAUCCUAGCUGGAGCUGUAUAUUAUCUAUGGCAAGAGAGGAACUGGAGAAUUUUCAGAAAGAAGAAAAGGAAAGCUGAAGAAUUAGUGAGAAUGAUCGUUCAAGACAUACAUUGCAGAUGUUCAAAGUGGUUAAAAUUGGAGAAGAAACUACAAGCACUCAAUUUCUAUCCGUAG